AGAAAAAAAAAAAAAAAUAAUCAAUCAAUCAAUCUUGUAUUGUACAACCCAUUACGCAUCAUCAAUUCUUGUUUCCUCGGUCAAGAUUUAGCUGUUAUGGUGUUGUGUAUUAGAAGUUGUUUUUAGAUUUAGUCUUUGUGUUUUUUCAGGCUCUUUUGAUUAAUUGGAGAUUAUGGAUUUCUUGGCAACGUCUGAGGGCCAACUGUUUGUUGGUAUUGCUGUUGGUCUUCUUGCAAUUGUUGCCGCAUACUUUUUGUUGUCGUCGAAGAAGCCUAAAGUGUGCUUGGAUCCUGAGAAGUUCAAGGAAUUCAAGCUCGUCAAGAAAACACAACUCAGCCAUAAUGUGGCGAAAUUCAAGUUUGCCCUUCCUACACCCACCUCUGUUUUGGGCCUUCCUAUUGGACAACACAUAAGCUGCAGGGGUAAGGACAGUCAAGGUGAAGAUGUAAUUAAGCCAUACACCCCGACGACUUUGGAUUCUGAUGUUGGAUAUUUUGAGUUAGUAAUAAAGAUGUAUCCGCAAGGAAGAAUGUCUCAUCAUUUCAGAGAGAUGCGUGAAGGUGAUUAUUUGUCUGUGAAAGGACCAAAGGGUCGUUUUAAGUAUCGACCAGGCCAAGUGAGGGCAUUCGGGAUGCUUGCUGGAGGAUCUGGAAUUACACCAAUGUUCCAGGUUGCUAGAGCAAUCCUUGAAAACCCCAAUGACCAUACAAAGGUGCAUCUGAUUUAUGCUAAUGUUACUUACGAAGACAUUCUGCUGAAGCCUCCUGAAGUUUGGAAUGGUGGGGUCGGUUUUGUGUCCAAGGAAAUGAUUCAGGCUCACUGCCCAGCACCAGCUUCUGAUAUUCAGAUUCUGAGAUGUGGUCCGCCACCGAUGAACAAAGCCAUGGCCGGUCAUCUUGAAGCUCUCGGAUAUUCGGCUGAAAUGCAGUUUCAAUUCUAACUUGCUCGGGCUUUAAUUUGGACUCAAUUUCUAUUAUGUUCUUUGUGGAAAAACCUCCUGCUCUUGUACCAUUAGGAUUUUCUCCCCAUUGUUUCCGACAAAAAUGGCGAUAAAAUUGCAUACAUUAUAACUUACCAAUAAAUAGUAAUUGAUUUUGAUGUAGUAGGUUAGAUGGCCAUAAAUAUGAAACAAUUUCAUUUACAGUAUAUUACAAUUGACAAAAUAAAAAUAAAAUUCAUAUGAUUCUUUUGAAAUUAUAAAAAUAAUUACAUUUUACAGAUUCAGAGAACACUCCACAUACUCUCUUUUUAAUUUAA